ACAAACAAUAAAUAAAAUUCAAAUCCAUUGUACGCAGCAAAAUCCUUUUCCAACUGAUCCACAAAAAUCUCAACAAACAUGGAUUCUUCAAACUACUUGAGCCAUAGUAAACAAAACAAAGUAGAUAAACAGAAACAGUGGAUUGAAAUCUAUCUUCAUUAUCUUAGCUUUAUAAGUAUCCCUGCCAAGUCUCUCUUGUUGAUACUCUGUUUGUUCUCUUCCUUUUAGCCAGCAGACUUAUUCUUCAUCUGUCACCGGAAGCCAUGGCCGGCGGCUCCAUGGUCAACACUGUCGGGGCCAAAGUCUACAAUGGCAAAAUGACAAUCCAUGUCUUCUUAACUUGCAUUGUCGCCGCCACUGGAGGUCUCAUUUUCGGCUAUGAUAUUGGCAUUUCUGGUGGAGUAACUUCAAUGGACUCUUUUCUCAAGAAAUUCUUCCCAAAGGUGUAUAGGCAGGAGGAGGCUGAUAAGUCGACAAACCAGUAUUGUGAGUUUGACAGCCCUCUGUUACAGACUUUCACAUCCUCACUGUAUCUUGCUGCACUUGUGUCUUCUUUCUUUGCAUCCACCGUCACUAGAAAGUGCGGGCGAAAGAUAUCAAUGCUUGGUGGUGGUCUCACAUUUCUUGUCGGUGCCAUUGUCAACGGCUUCGCUAAGAAUGUUGCUAUGCUCAUCAUUGGUCGCAUCCUUCUUGGUUUUGGUGUUGGCUUUGCCAAUCAGUCAGUGCCAUUGUAUCUCUCAGAGAUGGCUCCGGCAAAACUCCGAGGAAUGCUUAAUGUUGCCUUUCAACUCAUGAUCACGAUCGGCAUCUUGGCAGCGAAUCUCAUCAACUAUGGCACGGCACAGAUAAAAGAUGGGUCAGGCUGGCGUAUCAGCCUCGGCCUUGCUGCUGUCCCAGCCAUCAUUAUCUCGAUUGGCUCCCUUCUUCUCUCGGACACUCCGAACUCCCUCAUUGAGCGUGGUCAUGCUGCCAAGGCUCGCGCCAUGCUUAAGAAGAUCCGUGGAAUAGAUGACAUUGAAGAUGAGUACAAUGAUCUAGUGGCAGCGAGUGAGGAGUCGAAGCUUGUGGAGCAUCCAUGGAGCAACAUCUUCCAGAGGAAGUACAGGCCGCAACUCACCAUGGCCUUUGCCAUUCCCUUCUUUCAGCAGAUCACUGGCAUCAAUGUAAUCAUGUUUUACGCACCUGUGCUCUUCAAGACUAUAGGCUUGGGGGAUAAAGCCUCUCUCAUGUCAUCCGUCAUCUCAGGCCUUGUCAAUGUUGUUGCUACCUUCGUCUCCAUCUUCUCCGUCGAUAGGGCUGGAAGGAGAGCUCUCUUCUUGGAGGGUGGAAUUCAGAUGUUCAUUUGUCAGAUCUUAAUUGGGGGCCUUAUCUAUAAAGAGUUUGGACUCACCGGGACGGGGGACUUCUCAAAGGGAAUUGCCACUCUUGUGUUGAUUUUGGUAUGUGUGUACGUUGCCGGCUUUGCAUGGUCUUGGGGGCCUUUAGGAUGGUUAGUCCCAAGCGAGAUAUUCCCGUUGGAGAUCCGAUCUGCAGGGCAGAGCAUCACAGUGGCUGUGAACAUGCUCUUCACUUUCGUCAUUGGCCAGGCCUUCCUAAGCAUGCUUUGUCACCUCAAGUUCGGCCUCUUCUUUUUCUUUGGUGGCUGGGUCGUGAUCAUGACCAUUUUCAUUUACUACUUCCUUCCAGAGACGAAGAAUGUGCCCAUUGAGGAAAUGGUGCUUGUCUGGAAGAAGCAUUGGUACUGGGGGAAGUACAUCUCCGACGAAGACAUCCACAUAGGGAAGAACUUGGAGAUGGGACAAGCACGCAAACCAAAGGGAACAACAUGAGUGAUUGGAUUAAGGUGAGGUUGUUCAAACGCACAUUUUCAUUCAUGCAGGUUGGUUGUUUGAUGAAGUCAACCAUUCAACUCAUCAGUUUUUCUUUUCAGAGUUAAUUAUUGUUAGCCAACUGAAUGCCUUUGUUUGCUCAAAUAAUUGUUAACUUGUGUCUAGAAGUUUAGUUCCUAUUAUGGUUUUCAUCUAUUAUGUAUAGAUAUUUUAUUUCUUCUAUUGUUUUUAUGAGACUCUUAAAUAUGCACUUCAAUAACAUUCAUUGUUUUCUA